ACGUCCUCAGUAUCUGUACCUACUCCGUUAUCAGCAUCCUCACCGUCACCGUCUCCACCCUCCUUAUCUUCACCAUCUCCUGCCAAGCGGCGUCGUCGGGCUCAGCCGACAGCACAUAGUGGCACCGCUACCACCAAUAUUUCUGCGGCACUGGUCCCAAUUUCUCCAGCAACCCUUUUGUUGUCUCCUGUAACAAUGGUGGCUACCAGUUGUGCCGCUAGUUGUGCAAAUGGUGAAUCCGGUAUGACGACAGUUAGUGGUGGUCUUCUGGCGUCAACCGUCAAGAACGGGAGUUCUCCUUCAUCCACAUGCAACAGCUCUACUAAUUCUUCAAUCGCUGUUGCCUCUAGUAAUAAUGAGAAUAGCAUCAGCAAUACUACAAUGCUUAUGGUAGCCACCCCGGCUUGUGGCCGACUUUCGGAAGAUUGUUCUAACCUGGGACUUGGUUUGGCAAGAAUAGCUACCAGUCCAAUUAGAGACGAGUGCGCCUUGAAGCGGCGUAGUGCGAUAGAUCAUUUGAUUUGUUCUCCCAGUCUUCUGACUAGUCCCUCGACUCAGCUGAUCCUUUCUCCAGUUAGCUGUCAUGUAAAUAGCCUCUCUGCUCAGGCCCAACUGAUUCCCCAAUCUCUCUUACCACCUGCGCCACUUCACACUUUGUGCAAUGUUUCUUUGGCUUCCACGAACACCUUUAUUGAUCAGGCCACUCCACAUGGAGCUUCUAUUGUACUAGCGCCCACGCAAUCUUCGCGCUUGACCUCUACACCUCUUGGUAUUGAUUCGGUAAGUUUUAAUUUGACCAUUCUCUAA